AUGGAUAAUUUUUGUGGAUCUACGUUUUGGAAUACCAGUCUUACAUGGAAUACAGAUAGUCCAGAUGUCACCCCAUGCUUCCAGAAGACUGUUCUUGUAUGGAUACCAUGUGGAUUUUUAUGGCUGGCAGCUGCGCUUGAAAUAUAUCAAAUGCGUAUUAGUAAAGAGAAAAACAUACCACGGAAUAAAUUAAAUACUAGUAAACUCGUGUUUACAUUACUUUUGAUACUACUGCAAAUAAUCGACAUUUGUAAAGUUAUUUAUGUAUCAUACAAAAAGAUAACCAAUAUUUUUGGAGCAGAUUACAAUGAUCCACUUUUAAAAUUGCUGACAUUUGUGUUAUCAGCGACGCUUAUGUACUACAAUAGAAAGUGUGGCAUACGUACUUCAGGAGUACAGUUUAUGUUUUGGAUGCUUUUAAUUGUGAUGGGAUGGCCUCAACUAAGAACUGAGACGAUAAACUAUUACGUUAAUGAUAGUGCGUAUGUCCGAUAUAAUCUUGCGAGUUACGUCCUUUACUAUUUGCUUGUUAUAAUAAUGUUUAUGUUGAAUUGUGUCGCGGAUUUACCGCCUAAAGACACGCCCUAUACAUAUGACGAGAAACAGUCCCCAGAAUAUUCAUCAGGCGUCCCCAGCCGUCUUACAUUUGGUUGGUUCGAUCCCAUAGUGUUAACUGGAUAUCGUAGAACUUUAACUGAAAAUGAUUUGUGGCCUUUGAAUCCUCAAAAUGUUUCUAAGGAGUCUGUGGCAAAAUUUGAAAAAUUUUGGCAUCGAGCUUUGCACAAACGAGAAUCAAGUACAAAGGCACCCAAAUGCCCAGAAUCUUUUCCUCUACGAGGUCAAAGAAAGGAGAGGAAACCUUUAUCUGUAUUUCCAAUUUGUUGCAAAUCUUUCGGAGGGCUGUUUUUAGUCGGUACGGCAUUUAGGCUAUGCAGCGAUGUACUUAAUUUUGCUUCACCAGAAUUGCUCAGAUUACUGAUAGGUUUUGUGGAGGGUAAGGAGCCUGUAUGGAGAGGCUACCUCUACGCUGUAAGUAUGUUUGUAUGUUCUUGCCUACAUACCGUGAUCAUGGGACAAUAUUUUUUAAAGACAUCUCUAGUGGGCGUCAAGAUAAAUUGUGCAUUGAGCAGCAUGGUCUACAAGAAAGCUCUAAUCUUAUCCAACGAAGCUAAAAAAAGCUCUACAGCUGGAGAAAUUAUUAACUUAAUGUCUACUGAUAUCACCAGGUUUAGCGAUUUGACAUUUAUCAAUUGGGUAUGGUCAGCACCAUUGCAAAUUACGUUGGCGUUGUACUUUCUAUGGAAACAGUUGGGGCCGUCUGUCCUGGCCGGGAUGGCUGUGAUUAUUGUACUAAUGCCGUUGAACGGAUACUUUGCUGGGAUGCAAAAAAAACUACGAACGAAAUUGAUGCAAUACAAAGACGAAAGAAUUAAACUAAUGAACGAAGUACUUAAUGGCAUAAAAGUACUUAAAAUAUAUGCAUGGGAACCAAGUUUUCAGGAGUACAUACUUAAAAUAAGGAACAGAGAGAUAAAGAUUUUGAAGAAAAUAGCCUAUUAUGACUCUUUUUUCACCUUUGUGUUUUAUUGUACACCGGUACUGAUAUCUCUGAUGUCAUUCACAUGUUUUGUAUUGGUAAACGAUAAAGCAGUGCUUGAUUCGAAAAGAGCAUUUGUAGCGUUGUCUCUUUUCAAUAUGCUUCGCUUUCCAAUGUCUAUAUUACCUAAUGUUAUCUCUGAUAUUGUACAGAGUUAUGUCAGUCUAAAAAGAUUAAACAAGUUUUUGAAUUCUGAAGAGUUAGAUGAUCGUAUGAUUGAACAUAAUGCUAACGAGACUGAUCAAAUAGUCAUAGAAGGUGGUCAUUUUUCUUGGGGCGGGGAAGACGCGGAGCCGGUGCUCAAAGACUUAAACGUGCGAAUCCCGCGCGGCGCGCUGGUGGCCGUGGUGGGCGCCGUCGGCUCCGGCAAGAGCUCGCUGCUCGCCGCGCUGCUCGGGGAGAUGGACAAACUCUCCGGACGGGUUAAUAUAAAGGGCAAUAUUUCAUACGUGGCCCAGCAAGCGUGGAUACAAAACGCAACAGUACAAAAUAAUAUUUUAUUUGAGCACCCAUACAAUAAAGCUAAAUAUAACCGAAUAAUCGAAGCGUGUGCUUUGAAGACUGAUCUAGCUAUUCUUCCCGGUGGCGAUCAGACGGAAAUUGGGGAGAAAGGUAUCAACUUGUCUGGCGGUCAGAAGCAACGUGUGUCUCUAGCUCGUGCAGUGUAUUGUCAAGCUGAAAAUUACUUUUUGGACGAUCCGCUAAGCGCGGUGGACUCGCAUGUUGGAAAAGAAAUAUUUGACAAUGUUAUCGGACCAAAAGGGCUUUUAAAGAAUAAAACGCGUGUAUGGGUGACUCAUAACAUCUCCUACUUGGCGCAAACUGAUCUAGUGCUGGUGCUGCGCGAUGGAGGAGUAUCUGAAUCUGGCACCUACCAACAGCUUCUUGACAAAAAAGGGGCCUUUGCUGAUUUCUUACUGCACCAUAUGAGCGUCGCUGAACAAAAUGCUGGUAAUGAAAACAUCAAACAGGAUUUGGAAGGGAAAACCAGUACCGAAUUACACCGAAAAUUACAGUGGGCUCGGUCUUUAUCUUCUGGAGCUCGUUCUACUACGUCUGAAUUAGCUGGCGAAGGUGACAUAGAUGUGAAAUCAAGUACAGAGCAAAUAGAAGAAAAGGCAACAAAUAAGUUUGACCAACUUAUACAUGCAGAGAAGGCCGAAACUGGUAGUGUGAAAUGGACGGUUUACAAGCAUUACUUAUCGAAUAUUGGGGUGUUCGCAUCAGUGGGAACUCUACUAACAUAUAUCCUGACGCAAUCCUUAAAUAUUGGCGCCAACUUUUGGCUCGCUCGUUGGUCUAGUGACAAAAACAUGCUCAUAAACGGGACAGUGGAUACUCAGUUGCGCGACCAGUAUCUAGGCGUGUACGGCGGCAUUAGUCUUGCUCAAGCGUUAUCAACAUUAUUCUCGAACUUACUACCAUUCUUGGCUUGCUGGAGAGCUGCGAAAAUUCUACAUGAAAUAUUAUUGAACAACAUACUGAGAGCGCCGCUACAUUUCUUCGAAGUGACCCCUGUUGGCAGAAUUCUCUCAAGGUUUUCAAAAGAUGUGGAUUCUGUAGAUACCUCUCUUGCUGCGAAAAUCUCUAACGCACUCAACUAUUUAUUCGAGGUGAUAGGCACCUUAUUCAUAAUAAGUUACUCAACACCAAUGUUCAUGGCUGUGAUAAUUCCAAUUGGAGUACUUUACUACGCUGUGCAACGGUUCUUUGUGCCUACGUCACGACAGCUCAUGAGGAUGAAGUCCAUAGCUCGCUCACCAAUUUUUUCACAUUUUAACGAAAGUCUUUUGGGGUCAACCAGUAUUCGUGCUUUUGGUGUCAAGGACAGAUUUAUCAAAGAAUCCCAGAAGAAAGUUGAUUACUACCAGUCAUUUGUCUACCUGAUAGCUGUUGCAAAUAGAUGGCUUGGCGUUCGCCUGCAAGUCGUUGGUGGACUUAUUAUCUUCUUUGCUGCAAUAUUCGUAGUGAUCGGUCGCGAUAAUAUUAGCCCAGGAAUCGCAGGGCUUUCCAUUAGUUAUACGUUGAAAAUUACCAAUUCUUUGAGGAUGUUAGUGCAAAUGAUAUCAACAAUUGAAACUGAUAUCGUGGCAGUCGAACGCAUGAAGGAAUAUGCUGAAACGGAGCAAGAAGCUGAGUGGGUAAAACCCACAGGUCCUCGGCCUUCGUGGCCAGAGACGGGCUCAGUGCAGUUUGAAGGGCUUACUAUGGCAUAUCGAAAUGGGGCGUCACUUAGAGUGGAACCCGCUCUGAGUGACCUUACAUGUACGGUAGAGCCAGGCGAUAAGCUCGGUAUUGUAGGCCGCACUGGCGCAGGCAAGUCCACCCUUACGCUUGGACUUUUCAGGAUCUUGGAGCCAGCGGGAGGACGCAUCUUAAUCGAUGGCUUAGAUAUUACUAAGAUAGGCCUUCACCAGCUCCGAACUCGUAUCACCAUCAUCCCGCAGGAUCCUGUGCUCUUCUCAGGUUCUUUGCGAAUGAAUCUGGAUCCAUUCGAAUCGUAUUCUGAUGACGACAUCUGGCGUGCGCUCGAGCUUUCGCAUCUGAAAGCUUUCGUACUAGGUCUGCCGUCAGGGUUGCUUCAUGAAGUAUCAGAGGGCGGUGAGAACCUGUCAGUGGGACAGCGGCAAUUGGUGUGCCUGACGCGGGCGCUGCUGCGCAAGACGCCACUGCUCGUGCUGGACGAGGCCACCGCGGCCAUCGACCUAGAGACUGACGAGCUCAUUCAGAAAACAAUACGUUCGGAGUUCGCAGCAUGCACCGUGAUAACUAUUGCUCAUCGACUCAACACAAUCAUGGACUCCACUAAGGUCAUGGUGCUAGACAAGGGUCAGCUCAUCGAGUACGCCUCUCCAAAAGAACUACUACAGGAUAAAAACUCGAUGUUCUAUGGUCUAGCUGAAGAUGCUGGACUAAUUAGCCAAAGUUAUAGUUGUAACUAA